AUGUCUUUAGAUAGUAGCAUUGAGCACGCCGAGAGAUUGCUUCACAGUCUGAAUAUCGCCGAGAACGUGGUUCAGAGUCGUCGACAAGGACAAGAACAGGAACGCUCAACACGCGAUCAACUAGUCCCUCUUCAGACCAGCAUUCGCACGCUUUACCAAGCGACAAACAACGUCACCUCACAAGUUCAGUCUGUCGAGUCACUAGCUAACGAUGCGAACUCAGCCGAGGGCCUGUCUAUUGCAGAAGUAUGCUCACUCCAUGGCGAAAUCAAGAAGCUUGAGAAGGCCGCUUCCAACAUUCAAGGCGCACUUGAUGCGCUCCAUGAGGUCACCCAUCAUUGCAUUUUUCUCAAACUCAGUUUGUAUGGAGGCCGGGGCGGGAUCGUUGGUAAUAAGAUUUUACCACAUUUCGAGAAGCAGAUAAAAGACAUUAUUCGCGAUGUCUUAAAUGACAAUGGCGAUACCACGGCGUUGUGGAAGGUGGCUGAGGAGUGCUAUGACCAAGCCACGAAACCUUUUGGAAAACUCGAUGCUGAGAACUACUUCGCUCCACUCGAAGAAGCCUAUCUACAAUGGCCAUACGAUCCGGAUUUCGAGAGCGAAGAGUACUAUGAGCAUGAGAACCGCCUUGACGUGGACGAGGAUUACGCUGCAGCUUUCCAAGAACAGAUCCAACGCAGAUCCGAUGCGCGCCAGCAAGACCGUAAGGCUUGGCCCAAAUUUUGGACCGCAGUAUUGAAUGAAGUUCCCGAUGGACCAACCUUGUUCUGUCCACCAGCCCGUUUGCAUACACCAUUAUCAUUUCUGGAGGACGUCCCGCGAUACUUGUUCCGAACCUUCGACGGGGCCAGCUCGGGGAAGAAUGACAGUAGCGUUGUGGCUUCGAUAGCGAGCGUUCUCAUGCCAAGCAAAAGCCGGCACGAUCUUCUCUCAAUGGACGAAGAUCGUGUCACUCAACUGCUGUAUCAGCACCUGAACAAAAGUUGCUUUGGCGGCGAUGGAUCUGAUAAUUUGAUGUCCUGGACAAGCUCGCUUCUCUUCGCUAUACAAUACGGUAUUUGGAGGGCAAACAUCCGCGGAAUUUCGCUCUCUGACGUCAAGAUCUGUGCUGUCGACACUAGUAACUUUCCGAAAGGCCAGUUCGUCCAAGAUUUAUGUUUACUUGAGGCGUAUCGUGUAGCUGCCCAGGACACGGACAAGGACACAAGAGAAUUUUUCCGCUUCCGACUUGAGACUGACGACUUCUAUAAUGGCGAAUAUCUUUCUCAGGGACAAGUUAACCAUGCCGGACGAUCAUGUGUAGCCACUCUUGAACACCUGCUGAACUCUGGACUUCGCCAAUUAUACCCCGAGUUCGGGGAUCCCAGAGGUGCUGAGAAAUGGACAAAACGAGUACUGGAACUGCGACGGAACUGGUCUCCGGGACAAUUCACGACUGACCAGGAGAUUGAACUUGCACUUGAAGUGGCACGCAGAUGCUUUGAAAAAUACAAUUCAUCCGAGAUCGCUUUAAUCCUUCUGGGUUUCAAGAGUCGCAAGCACUCCAGGCUAGAAUCUACAGGUGAGUGGCGACUUUCGAGGAUGUCGUUCGGUUUGGAUUUCUCUAGCAGUGACUGA